AUUCUCUUGUUCUCUCUCUCCCUCUGGCUUUUGUUGUGGUUGCGGCCGCUGAUGGUUUGGCCCACAAAGCCAGUCUUUGCUGGCCCUGCUGCCAUGGCAACCAGGAAAUACUCAACAGUCGUCAGUGGAGUGGUGUGUGCCCGUGUCUAUGUAUAUGUGUGUGUGUGUAUUCGUGGGAGAAAGAGAGACUCCGAGAGAUAGGAGCCUGGCGUGUCCAGACAGACUACAAUAGAUGGCAGAAGCUAACAGCGGAGGGACAUCCCUCCUCCCCCCAGUGAAGAGUGUGGUGGUCCACAGGAACGGAGACCCCUUCUACUGCGGGCGAAGGUUUGUGGUCAACCAGCGACAGGUGGCCACCAUGGAAGCCUUCUUAAACGAGGUGACCCAGAACAUAGGGGCUCCCCUGGCCAUCCGGAACCUGUACACCCCCCGGCAGGGUCACCGGGUGGGCCACUUCCAGGACCUCCACACCGGAGGGCACUAUGUCGCUGCUGGCUUUGAGCGCUUCAAGAAAUUAGAUUACCUGAAUACAGGAUUGAAAAAAACUUUCGUUGCCCGUGAAGGAACUCAGGCAAGAGUAAACCAGAGGCCCAACGUCUCAGCCAAAUGGAGAAAGUUCAUACCAAUACCUUGCAUCAUACAUGUUUUCCGUAAUGGUGACCUGCUGUGCCCACCGUUCCGGUUCAUCAUCCCCCGCAGCAUGCAGCAUGACCUGGAGCAGGUCCUCCGCAUGGUCACUGAGAAGGCCAGCCUACGGACGGGGGCGGUACGCAGGUUGUGUUCUAUGGAUGGAGCCACCGUGACCAUGGGGGAAAAGCUGGAGACGGGCCAGUGCUACGUCGCCGUGGGAACCGAGAGGUUCCGGAAGCUUCCGUACGUCGAGUUGUGGCUUUCAAAAGUGCAGAGAAAUAAACGGAUGGAAAAAAGAGCUGAGAUGAUGAAGCCAGCAACUGGUCCUGUGGAAAGGUUCAGUGACUUCGCUCUUCUGGAUUCACCGCUGGCCGACGGUCGCAGGGUGAAGUCAUCGGGGGACGAGGCCACGGAGGCAGGAAACCCCCCAGCGAAUCAGGGCAGGGUGAUGGCUGAGGAUCCCGUCAGGAUCCAUAGGGACCGGGGACAACCCAGGGUACCGGUCCGCAACAGACCAGAGCAGACCAACGGCUCGCACUACAAGGCAGGCAGGAGGCGCAGGGAGGAGGUGCGAGGAGCCCAGGAGGUGCCAGAGGAUGAGAACACGCACACAGAGCUUCCUGUGGACCAGAGAGUAGCAGAAGUGGUGGAGGAUGAAGAGAAAAGCCAUGAUGCUGAUGUUCAGCCUCAGAACAACGAGAAGCUAAUAAAUGGAAAGAUGAUGACAACAGAUGGCUCACCAGAGCACCUCAGAUCAAGCACGCCCCCGCAAAGAGAUUCCAGCAUACAUUUUCAAAAUGAAACUCAACUAUACCAGAUAUACAAAUGGAAAUCCCUUGACUCCACGGAACCCCAUCUUUGUCACCAGAGAGUAGCAGAAGUGGUGGAGGAUGAAGAGAAAAGCCAUGAUGCUGAUGUUCAGCCUCAGAACAACGAGAAGCUAAUAAAUGGACAGAUGAUGACAACAGAUGGCUCACCAGAGCACCUCAGAUCAAGCACGCCCCCGCAAAGAGCUUCCAGCAUACAGUUUCAAAAUGAAACUCAACUAUACCAGAAGCAUCCAGAGAUGACCAACAUGAACAAAGUGCAAGAAGCUGAGCAGCACAAUGGCCCCCAGGCUGAUCUCGGGCAAGAACAAACGGCUGCCAUCCCAAGGGUGUCUUCCUCCACAUCCCUGGCCUCAAGAAGUGGACAGGUCGAAGAGAAAAAUAGGGCAGUGGAAGGAUACAGAUCAAGACCACAAUCCCCAAACUCAAAGGAGUCUUUACCAAAGUUCCAAGCAGACAUAAUGGAAACAUCCGAUGCACCAGUGACCAAAAACGGAGGUCCUAUCAACCAAAUAACUACCUAAAAUGUACUGUGUGAAUAACGAUGACAACUGAGUGCAAAGUAUGAGCCGUAUACCUACAACGACCUACACUGGUUAACGAAUAUUCAUGGCCGUGUGAAGUAUAUCUAAAACACAAUACUGUGUGAGACCGAUGACUUUAUGUUACAACUGUGACGCAGCUAUUGACUGGGAAAUAGAGAGUUGCUGAAUAUUCAUUUAUUACAUUAUACAUUCAUAUAUAUUAAACAAAAUGCAUACAGAAUGCCCAAAUAACCUUUUUAUGGAAAUAAACAACUGUUCAGCAGGGCCCACCACAUAGCAAAAGCAAAAAAUAUACAUAAAAAAUAUACCUAUGUUA